GGUUGCUUCUAAUGUCACAAAGAGGAAGUAAUAUACUCAUAUGUGUCAUCCACGUGUGAGCUUAGUCGGCCUUUAUCCUGAAUUUGUGAGGGGGUUAAUAUUAAAGCCUCUUUGAUUUGCUUCGUCUUGCUUUCUGUGGGUGAACUUUGUGGUCAGUGAAGGAGUUGAGUGGAGCUGAGGUUACUGAUGUGAACACGGUGCUCAUUGGUGGCAGGAUUUCAGCGGAUCUGAUCCAAGUUCUGGGUGUACUCAGAUGACCUCCAACUAUUCUUUGAAAACUUCAUUUUUGCCCCCUUUAGCAGGGAGAGCCAUGGAGGGAGGUGUAUUAUUGCAGUAACAAGAGGACAGUCUCCUUAUAUUGACAUUCUUUCUGUACGCUGACCUUUCUGUAACCUGCUUUCCUGGCAAAGUUUGGAGGAGCUGAAAGCAGAGCAGGCUGGCAUCCACUUCUUCCACUCUUUUUCAUUGAGCUGAGCUAUGGAAACGCGUGGGCCUACUGUCAGACAGGUGGAGCACUUUAAAUAACAAAACAGAUAGAGUCUCUGCUCUGAAGAUCUUAGCAUUUAUAAGAGCCAGUGGCGUGGAAUAAACUAAUGACUUUGUAGUAAGAAAAGUAAUGGGUAGCAUUUUCAUGUGAUGAGCUCUUUAUCAGAUAUGCACAGUCAACGUUAUCUCUUCCAACCAAAGUUUAUUGUAGGAAGUGAAGCUGGAUGUAGUUUUAUCUCAUUCCUAGUUAUGAGGGUAUCCCGGGGAUAUAAAUGCUGACAUAAUACUGUUUUCUGUGAGGGUCUGAAAGAUACCUAAAAGACCUAACAAAUAACAUUCUGGUGACAGUGUGUUGCCAUGAUAGAUAAAACAAUAUUACAAAGCUCUCGAUAGACAUUUCAAUACAGUGGAGGAUUUAUAACCGAUUCCCUUGUCCAGUGAUGUCUCCUGUCAGGAUUGGUAAAGUCGAUUAAUGGCAAAAUCAAGUUACUCCCUUGGUAGCCCAGCUGAUGCUUCUGUAACAAAACACAGAUGAUCUCCUAAUAGCGUUUUCUUGGAGCUAAGUAAUCUUUUUGCAUAUCGUCUUCUCACUUGUCUGGUUGUGUAUGUCUUAAUAAACGUACCUGUCAACUAACUUAGUCUCUAAACCAGACUUCAUGUGAAGUUGAGAGCAGAAUUGCUUUUCUGGCUGCAGUUGCGUGUCAGCAAAAUUCUUACUUUCACCUUCUGCUUCUGUUGAAGUUUCUCAUCUACAACAAGACCUGUGAGAGAGGGCGAAGGCCUGUUCUGCUGUCAUACAGUCCGUGCUGUCCUCUGUGUUCCUGUAUUUUGCUGUCAAGAAGACUUUCAUGGUGUGGCAUGGCCAGCAUAGUGUAAAAGAAGAGUUGUCUUUUUCACAACCAAAACAGCAUUCCGCCAUCCUGCUCCCUUUUGGGAAAUAAUUUUCUGGAGUGAAAUGAGGCGAUUGCUUAAUUACUUCAUUUUGUCUCUGAUUUUUAGAAAGAUUUUUUGUCUCUUGGUAUGAAAUCGCCAGUCUGAUCAGCCCUGUCCUCAAGUUCUGUUUGGUUUUGGCUUACAGCUUGCACGUGGGAUGUUCUAAUGACCGUAUUAAUAAUUAACAUUCCAGUGCUGUAGUUUUCCUUUUCACAUCCAUAGUAACACUUUGGUUUUGUUGCUAACUGCAUAUAGAUUUGACAUAUAUUUUGAGGUGAUUGUAGGUCCGUUUUGUUUGUUCAUAUAAUUAGCUUUUAUCACAGCAUACCUUAAAAUCAUUUUUUUUAAUGACCAUUGAAGUUAUUUGCCAUUGUGCAGGUUGUCCAUGUGCUGUGGGUGGACCCUGCCAAAGGUUUUCAGCACCUUAGAAAAAGGCUCUUCUGUCCCUUUUGCUGAAAGUGAUGUUCAGGAUAAUUGGACUGGACUGUUGUUUCUGCAGAGCUGCUGGUUGUGUCGGGUCUGCUUCACCCCCGUUCUUUCGGUUUGCCUGACAUCCGAUUUGAGGAUAGAAAAGGGCUGAUUUGUCUGCUCUGCUGUCCUUUGGUCUGGCUAUUGUUUUCAGUGAGGAAAGUCGUAUUUACCACCUCAACUGUUUGAGACUGAAAUGCUCAGAUUCUGUUUCAGUUUUUGGUUUCUGACAGUGCUCCUACGUUUUGCUGGAGGAGAACACGUCCAGAACAGAUGAACCUGAAGAGUCUUCCAUUUUGCAGAGUCAUACGCAGGAUUCAUUUCUCUCCUUUGCUUCUAUUUCCUGGGGUGAUCCAGUAAGCCAUCCGUUCUCCAGGAGCAGAGAAGAUGCAGGAAUAUUUGAACGGUGCCUUUUACUUGUGCGCUUCUGAUGCACAUUUUAGUCUUCUUAUGUACCUUACGGUUGUUCAGGCUCCUCCUGAAGGAUAAAGAUCCUUUUUGAAGGUUGUUUAUUUCAGGAUUUCUUUGUUAAACAACAUCCCUGUUAUCAAAGCAUUGCUUUCUAAAAUUGGAGCUAUCAGGCUUUGGUGUCGUGCCUCCUACCAGAAUGUGGAAUGUCAUUUAUUUUUACCAGAGCUCUUAGUAGUUCAGUUCAGGUUAAUUACAGCUGCGACUUCCUCCUAAGCUGUUAGAUCAGGUCAGCGCAUCUUACUGUUGCCUGAGAGCCAGGGGAUUCCCUGCCCUAUUCCUAGCUUUAGUCCCUGCUCUCCCUGCUUAUCUUGCACCAACUCUGGAGCUCAGCGUGCUGCCCGAGCCAGUGUGCUUAGCUAGCCUGGCAGAAAAGGAACCAAAAAAGGAGGCGGGUGGAUUGCUGUGGGCUGAGCAUGGCUUGGCGAGGGCUGCAAGCAGGGGGCUUGGCGAGCAUGUAGGGGGACAGAGCUGAACUGGGUCUUUCUGUGCUGCAGAUGAGUUAUCCUAGGAAGUAGCAACUUGUUUAGAAACUGCUUGUCUAUGUUUUGGUCAGCAGUUAAUGUGUGAAGCAGUUGAAACCAGAAGCACGCUAUAAUUACUAUCUUAGACUUUGCUUCUUGGCCCAGUUUCUCUUGUAGCACUGUAUACUUGUAUACGGCCUCCAUUUGAAGGACAAAUAGAAAGCUGGCAAGUGAUUUACCUCUUUGGACCCUCAUUUUUAUGGCUGUACUGCACAGGCCUCUCCCUGUUCUACGUAUAGUGCUGUGGCAUGUAUGAGGCGCGGUACUGAGUAUGAGCAUUCCUCUUCCUUUGCAGACACAUCCCAUGCACAUCUGCUUGUCUUCUGCUUGGCUAAGCCGAGCUCAUGCACAGAGCCCAUCAGACUGCUGUGCUGUUCCAUUGCUUUCCCAUUCUCUCUUUCGGAGCAGUGAGGUCCAUCCAAUUGUGAGGCAGUUUUUGCUUAACAGAAUUUUGUAUAAUGCAAUAACAAAAAAAAAAAAAAAAUAGACUUUUCUAUCUUUUACUUAUAGUGAGUGACAGUUUCUCAGGUAGUGUAUUGAUCUGACUGCCUACUGUCUUCACAGAGGUGCUGGUAAUGAUUCCUGUUUGAACAGGCAGUGCUUCUCCAGCUUGACUUAAGUUGUUGGGUUUUUUUGUCCUCACCCACUGGUUAGGAUGAGGAGCUCUGUAUGGCUUUCCAGAGCAGACCGUAAGGGCGGUAUACAUUUAAUGGUAUGCCUGUGGGCCAGCAACACCAUUUUGCUUCUGGAAAACCCAUGCAAUGCGUUCUUAUUGAUGUAGUUAAUUUCUUUGAAUGGGCAAGUGCAUUGCCCACCGUUUUGAUUUCUAGAUGGAUGACAUUGUGGUAAAGAUGGCGAAGUAGGGGUUGCAUUUUGUGACAUCUGCAUUUGCAGGACCUGGUAGAAACACUGAUGGGAGGUAAAGCUGCUGGUGUGUGUGUGCUGUUGCCUCAUCCUUUUGAGGGCGAGGAGAUGGCCCCUCAAACGUGGUAUUUUUGACAGAGACCACGAGUCUUUGAAAUUGUUGAUUGCUUCUUCUGACUCAAAAGCACUUGUUUGAAAUUGCUUUUCAGCCAGCUGUGCCUUAUUUAUGCUGUAAUUUCAAAACCUGUGUGUAAUCAGCAACUUGACUGUGAUUAUGCUAAAUGAAGGCAUAAGGCAGUGUCCUCAACAUACCGAGCUAUUGUGUAGUAUGUACACAGGUAUUCUCCCAGCAGGGCUCGGAGCUGGCUACCAUUUUCAGUGUCAAUACAGUUUGAACUGCUGUAUGUUUUCCAGUCUCUCAUUUAUAUGAGCUUGGGCAAGGAAAAUUGUUUUCCAACAGAUGUCUCCAAAGGGAUUUGAUGAGAUGUAGGUAUUCUUGUUGGGGUACCCCGUCCUCAUUCUUUGUGAGGAGCCCUGUAGGCAGGAUGCUCAUACAUUCAGUGUUAAUAAUCCAGAUGGAAUAGGAUACAAACUGCUACCUUAUUUAGGUUGCUGAUUUCAAGUCAUAUUGUCUUAAGGAAUAACUCAUGCCCUGAAGCAGUUGUUAGUCAGCCCUUCCUGAGGGCAUUGCUGACCCGCAUUAAAUCAGACUGUGUUCCUGCUUUCUGAUUUUGUGAGUCCAAGAAGAUAAUGGUUGAGAGAACGUCCAGCUGGCUGAGGAGUCCUGUUACUGCUUGUGUUGGAGAAAGGAGGAAACGCGGCAUCUUUUUGGCUUCAGCAUUUGUUCUUUUCCACCCACAGUUCUUCAGUGUCCUAUUCUCAAAAGAAGACAAGUGUUUGUGACAGGAGGGGAUGGUAUCCGCCACAGAGUGUGGAGAGUGCAGGUUUGGCAAGGCUGCCAGCUGCUCAGCAUUUCUUCCUUCGGCUGGGAUGAAGCACGUCCUGCUAUGGCUGCAUCUGUAGAUUUGUCUGCUGGUGAUAAUUUUCUGGCAUUACUGUCACAUGGCUAGAAAUGUCAACACGGGUGAGCUAGCAGCAAUCAAAGUAAUAAAGUUAGAACCAGGAGAAGAUUUUGCUGUUGUGCAGCAGGAAAUCAUUAUGAUGAAAGACUGUAAACAUCCAAACAUCGUUGCUUAUUUUGGCAGCUAUCUCAGACGUGACAAGCUAUGGAUCUGCAUGGAGUUUUGUGGAGGUGGCUCUCUACAGGAUAUUUAUCAUGUGACUGGACCACUUUCAGAACAGCAGAUUGCCUACGUUAGCAGAGAAACACUACAGGGGCUAUAUUACCUUCACAGUAAAGGAAAAAUGCACAGAGACAUAAAGGGAGCAAACAUUCUUUUAACGGAUAAUGGGCAUGUAAAAUUAGCUGAUUUUGGAGUAUCUGCGCAGAUAACAGCUACGAUUGCCAAAAGGAAAUCAUUCAUUGGCACUCCGUAUUGGAUGGCACCAGAAGUUGCUGCAGUAGAAAGAAAAGGUGGCUAUAACCAACUCUGUGAUCUGUGGGCAGUUGGAAUAACUGCUAUAGAGCUUGCUGAACUUCAGCCUCCAAUGUUUGACCUGCAUCCAAUGAGAGCACUUUUCCUAAUGACAAAAAGCAACUUCCAGCCUCCUAAACUAAAGGAUAAAAUGAAAUGGUCCAAUAGUUUCCAUCAUUUUGUGAAAAUGGCACUUACAAAAAAUCCUAAAAAGAGACCUACAGCUGAAAAAUUACUACAGCAUCCUUUUGUUACUCAGCCGUUAAAUCGAAGUCUUGCUAUUGAGCUUUUGGAUAAAAUGAAUAAUCCUGAUCAUUCCACUUACCACGACUUUGAUGAUGAUGAUCCUGAGCCUCUUGUUGUGCCUCAUAGAAUUCAUUCGACGAGUAGAAAUGUGAGAGAAGAAAAGACACGCUCUGAAAUAAACUUUGGUCAAGUAAAAUUUGAUCCACCCUUGAGGAAAGAAACAGAGCCACAUCAUGAAUUUCCUGACAGUAGCGAUUUUUUGGACAAUACAGAAGACAUAUACUACACUGCAAGAUCUAACCUGGAUCUGCAGCUCGAAUAUGGUCAUGGUCCUCAGGGUGGCUACUUCUUGGGUGCAAAUAAGAGUCUCUUAAAAUCAGUUGAAGAAGAACUGCAUCAGCGGGGACAUGUGGCACAUUUAGAAGAUGAUGAUGAUGAUGCAGAUGAUGAUGCUAAACAUGCCACUAUGAAACCUAAAGUGCCACCUCCUUUACCACCAAAGCCUAAAUCCAUCUUUAUCCCGCAAGAAACUCAUUCUUCUGAAAAUGAUAAUCAAGGGACAAUCAAGAGAUGCCCAGUAUCAGACAGCCCAGCAAAGUCUGCAUCUCAUGUUCCACCGAGGCCACCACCACCACGGUUACCUCCACAGAAGUCUCAUGUUUUAGGUGAGAGUGAUGCCACGAAGUGUACAGGUAAUGGAGUCACUUCUGUACAAUUAAAUGGUGAGAGAGAGGGAUCACCACAUCAACAGAAUGAAGCUAGAGACACUAGUUUUUCAAGGAAAGAAAAGAAAGAAAUACUGAAACCAAUUAGUAACGGCCUUCCUCCCACACCUAAAGUACAUAUGGGCGCUUGCUUUUCAAAGGUUUUCAAUGGCUGUCCAUUAAAAAUUCAUUGUGCAACAUCAUGGAUAAAUCCAGAUACAAGAGAUCAGUACUUGAUAUUUGGUGCAGAAGAAGGUAUUUACACACUGAACCUCAAUGAACUUCAUGAAACAUCAAUGGAGCAGCUAUUCCCUCGAAGGUGUACGUGGUUAUAUGUCAUGAACAAUUGCUUAUUAUCAAUAUCUGGUAAAGCUUCUCAGCUAUAUUCUCAUAAUCUGCCAGGACUCUUUGAUUAUGCAAGGCAAAUGCAAAAGUUACCUGUUGCUAUUCCAGCACAUAAACUCCCUGACCGAAUACUUCCCAGGAAAUUUGCUGUGUCUACAAAAAUUCCUGACACUAAAUGGUGUCAAAAAUGCUGUGUCGUGAGGAAUCCCUACACAGGCCACAAGUACCUAUGUGGAGCACUACAGUCUAGCAUUGUUUUGUUAGAAUGGGUUGAACCAAUGCAAAAAUUCAUGUUAAUCAAGCACAUAGAUUUUCCUGUACCUUGUCCACUGAGAUUGUUUGAAAUGUUGGUAGUCCCUGAGCAGGAAUUCCCUUUAGUUUGUGUUGGUGUCAGUAGAGGAAGAGACUUCAACCAGGUGGUGAAGUUUGAGACUGUCAACCCAAAUUCUACCUCUUCAUGGUUUACAGAAACAGACACUACAGAGACAAGUGUUGUACAUGUAACACAGCUGGAGAGAGAUACCAUUUUGGUGUGUUUGGAUUGCUGCAUAAAAAUAGUGAAUCUGCAAGGCAGGUUAAAAUCCAGCCGCAAACUGUCAUCAGAGCUCACGUUUGACUUUCAGAUUGAAUCAAUAGUCUGUCUACAGGACAGCGUGUUAGCGUUCUGGAAGCAUGGGAUGCAAGGAAGGAGUUUCAGAUCAAACGAGAUCACACAAGAAAUUUCUGAUAAUACGAGGAUAUUCAGGCUUCUGGGAUCUGACAGGGUCGUGGUGCUGGAAAGCAGGCCGACAGAUAACCCAACAGCCAACAGCAACCUAUAUAUCCUAGCCGGGCAUGAGAACAGUUACUGAGAAUGGUGUGCAGCAGCUCACCUCGGCAAGAUAGCACUCCUGCGGCGGCAUUCACGGCUGGCUGAAAUUGCACAAAAGCUGCAGUAACCUGACUUCAGUUACUUUAUAAUUUAUUAUGGCAUGAGAGGAAGACGAGAAUUGUUUGUGGUAUGGACACACAAGCAUUAAGAUGCCACGAAAGUGCUUAAUUUACUGUUAUGUAAUCUUUGUACAUACGCAGUAUUUUUCAGUGAAACUUCUUGGUGAAGACCUACACUGACCUUCUGUAGAUAGUGGUCCUCCUGUUAAGUACAAGUGUCUUACCUGUACAGAUGUAAAAGUCACUGAGGAUGCAAAAAUGAAAUCGGGGUACUAUUUUAAGGAUUUGUCAUGUGUUUAUUAUAAAGUGGGAUGCUAGGAACAAAUAAUAGUCCAUUUAACGACACUAUUGUAUUUUAUUAUAUGUAAUUUACUAAUACAAAUAAAUUUAACUUUUAGAAAUUGUAGCCAAGGCUGUAAUCAGAUUACAAUCUUGUUUUAAUUUUGAUGCAACACACUGGUGUUCAUGUUUGCACAACAUAUUGAGAUGUGAUGUAUUCAGUCACAAAGGUAAGCUGUGACUUUGUGGAUAUGACUUGGGCUUCAGAGUUCCCUUUUCUUUUUGUUUACGCGGGUAGUUUUCUUUGUGGAACAAACCAGUUAGACACCUGUAUUUUAUAUUUAAUUACAACUCUCUUUACGAUUACUUCUCUGUGCUUGAAAACAAGACUUUCUGGAUGGGUGUCAGUCCCAGAAUAGUGGUACCUUGCUGUAACACUGCAAUAGGUGUUUGAAUUACUAGCAUAUACAGUGAUAAAAAAUGAGUAUUACUGUUUGUCUAUACUAAAUAGUUUCAUAUCACAGUGAAAAAGCAGCAGCAUUCCACGUUGUGGAAAUGGCUCAAAGAUGAUGUCAUUUUGACUUUUUUUUUGGCCUUAUAACCAUUUUCACACUUUCUUUGAUUUAGGAUGUUAACACAUGGCCAAAAUAAUUUAGUUACUACCUCAUUCAAACAAUACAGUGGUUACUACACAUCACAGGAACUUAGUUUUGAUCAGAAGUAUUUUUGAUUGCUAUUUUCCAAUGGAAUAUGUAAAUGCCAAGUUUUAGCAAAAUGCACACAUUUGACUCCUUUUUUGUAUAUGUUCUUUUAUAUUUUAUUGUGAUAAUAUACACUAAAGCCAAACUAAAUUUAAAGUGAUUUAUGGCCUGCAUUAUUGUUGUGAUCGGUAAUACUUUGAAAUAUGUUCUCUAAUGUAUAUAAUGUAAAAUAAACUUUUUUUAACA